AUGUCGGGAACUAUAGCACCUGAGUUGGGGAAUUUGAGAGGACUUACACAGUUAUCAAUCUAUGGGCCAACUAAGGUUGAGGGUUCUAUUCCUCCAGAAAUAGGGAGCUGUAGCAGUCUCCUGUGGCUAGAUCUCGGAUGGAACAAAAUUACUGGGAUGGUGCCGAGAAGCGUAUUCCAUCCUCCUCUCUCAACUCUUGCCUUACAGGGAAACCAGAAUGAAGACACGCUAGCAGAAUCAUUCUUCAAUGUCACUGUUCUAGAAUAUUUGGAUCUGAGCUUCAACAGAUUCUAUGGUACAGUUCUAAAGUCAAUUAAUAACUCCACAUCCCUGUGGAAGCUGAAUCUGUCAAACAAUUCAUUGCAUGGAGAUUUAGAAUUAAAAUUUCCAUAUUCAUUGGAAAUUGUGUCUGCUUAUUCUAACAGCUUCUCUGGAGAUUUACCUGCAUCCUUGGCCAACUGUAGGCACCUUCAACACUUGGAUUUCAGGGAGAACAAAUUGACAGGUGAGCUUCCUGAGUAUGUUGCCAAUUUUCAAGAGUUGAGAGUUUUGAGCCUAGCAUACAAUGCACUUGAGGGACGUAUUCCUGCAUGGAUCACAAAUCUCACCAAAUUGAAGCUGCUAGAUUUGUCGACCAACAAUAGAUUCGUUGGGAACAUUCCCUCCCAUCUCCAAAAUCUCCAGGGCUUUGUUGCUCCACAAGUAACCAAGUCAAAAAUUAACCAGGAUAUGAUGAUUGCAGCAAAGGGACAUGAGUACCGCCUGGAAUAUGUAAUGGCAGGAAACACCAUAUUAGACUUAUCAAACAAUUGUCUCCACGGGGAAAUAGCAGAAAGCAUGGGAAGUCUGACUGGUCUGAGACUGCUUAAUCUGUCUGGAAACCAACUGGAGGGUAAAAUACCACCAUCUCUUGGAAAUAUCUCUUCUUUGGAGCAGUUAGACUUGUCUAGAAAUGACCUAAGUGGAAGAAUUCCUCAGGAUCUAUCUAAACUGACUAUAUUGGCGGUCAUGAAUGUUUCAUUCAACAGACUGUGUGGAAGGAUACCAAGUGGAACGCAAUUUGACACUUUCAACGAGACUUCUUUCCUGGAAAAUCCUCCAUGUUUCUGUGGGCGCCCCUUGCAAAAGUGCCAACAAAAUAACGAAACUUCAACAAGAGGGAAGGAGGAGAGGCCACUGCUGAGUAUCGUGGAAGAACACGUGUCACUGGUGGCAUUGGGUCUGGAAUUUGGCAUUUCGUUUGGUGGAAUGAUCUCUUUCAUUUGUGGAAAGGACAUACUUUGGCGUUUGCUUCAUAGUAAUUUCUAG